AUGGCGAAAUCCUUCCAGUCGGUUCUUUAUGGAUACUUUUUGGGACCUCGUCUUCCUUUCCCAAUUGUUCUGCAAGCGGUUAAAAAUGCAUGGGGUAAGUUUGGGCUUAUGGAUGCAAUGGUAAAUGACCUUGGGUACUUCUUCUUUCGAUUCAAUGACAAUGGUGGUUGCAAUCAAGGGGUUGAGUCGUCCCCACUCAUGAUUCGUGGGAGGCCUCUAUUUGUCUCUAUCUGGGACCCUUCAAAGGGACUUAAAAAGCCAGAACAUACCUCCUGUCCGUUAUGGAUUAAAUUCUAUAACAUUUCUCUGGUUGCGUUUAACAGAGAGGGCAUUAGUCGGAUUGCUAGUGCAGUUGGAGUCCCUUUGCGGCUAGAUGCCUGUACUGCUAGCACUUGUGAUAAAGCUUGGGGUCGUACUAACUUUGCAAAAGUUUUGGUAGAUGUCUGGGCCGUAGGUACAAUUCAGAAGCAAAUUGAAGUUGUCAUUCCUAAGCUGUCGGGUGAUGGUGAAGAUGUGAUAAAGGUGGUUUUGGAAUUUGACUGGGUGCCGUCUCAAUGUUCGAAAUGUAAGGUUUUUGGCCAUAAUACGAAUUCCUGUCCGAAAGGGGGUACUCUUAAACAAAAGGAGAUUGUCAAGCCGUUGCAUAAUGAUGGGUUUAUAGAGAAAAAUAGUAAACAAUGGAGACCGAAACAGAGUUCAGGACCUAGUAAUGGUGCUCAGGCCACUUCGUCAGGAGAUCCUUCUAAUUUGUGCGAAACAUUGGUGGGAGUUGGUACUCUUAAGGCGAUUUCUAAUAAACCCUCUACUUUGGGUGUUACUCAAAAGGAUAAGGAAGCAGUUGAGGUGGUUGAUUCUGAUCCAUCAAUUGGGGAACGUAGGGAUCAUGAUGAAAGUCAAUAUUGUACGGUGGAUGCUGGGAGAACGCCAAGAGGAAGGGAUGAUGAAGUGAAUGUGACAUUUCGAUCAAAGCGGGGUCUAGAACUUGUUAAAGGAGUGCUUAAAGCGAUGAAACCAAGACGUGGUGCAGUUUCUAUUACGUCUACGA